CUAAUUCGACGUCACUAAUGAUUUAUUGGCAUAACCUUAUUGUCGACACAAUAUUCGUUUUAAAUUGUUAAUCAGAGUGAUAAGAUAAUUUUUAUAUGGUGUGAUUAAGUUUUUGUUAGUAUACAAUAGGAUUUAUCGUGAGCACAUUCGAGUGGUAGUGAUUACAUAGAAAAUAGCAUACAAAGAACAAACAACAUGGGCAGCUCGCAGUCAUAUCCUGGAUUGACACAAGAUGUUCUCGAAGACUACGCAUCUCUGACCUAUCUAAAUAAGGGUGAAAUUUUGUACUUGAUGAAAAAGUUUUAUUCAAUUGGACCAGAAAAGAUUCAACAUGACUUUCACCAUAGAUUUAGCAGAGAAGACAUUUUGUCGAAGUUCCAUGUGUUGAAGAACAAUCCAUUUCAAGACAGGAUUUUCAGUGUAUUUUCUUCCAAAAACGAUGACUGCUUUUCUUUCGAAGAUUUGGUAGAUUUGUGUUCGGCUAUGAGCGCCGAGUGCCCUGCUGUUGUCAAAGCUGCUUGGGCGUUUAGGAUAUUCGAUUUAGAUGGAGAUAACCAGAUAACAGCUAAUGACAUCAACGGGAUCGUAGACCGACUGACUUUGAAUACUAAAGGAGAUAACGUUGAGAACUGCCUCGAUCAGGAAUCCAAACGGCAAAUUGCUAAAGUUAUACUGGAUGAAAUUAAUUUGGAUAGGAGUGGCGGCAUCGGACUUAACGAAUUCAAACUCAUUAUGGCAAGGCUGCCUGAGUUCCCAUCUUCUUUCUAUUUUAGAUUAUAGAAUUACACAUACCUAA